AGACGUGAGUUAUUUUUUUCCGGAAAUCAAAUCAAAUCUAGGGCUAAACGAACGCAAAGCCCAGCAGCAGGGCGUUUACUCCACGUUAUACCAUCCAUCCAUCAUCCAUUAAAUCUCAAUUAUUGUUCGUUGCUUCCAAUACCGACCCUUCUUUCUUCGCACUUUUAUUGUUGGCUGCAAAUGCAGAAUCUUGCUCCAGAUUUUGGGCUACGCACUCCAUCUGUUCGAUGAAAUGCCUGAGCCGAGCCAUGGUGUCGUUUAUCGCCUCGCGACUCCUCUUCUCCCCUGUUAAUUUCAAGAUUAGGCCCGUGAAAAGUGUUCGGGUUUGGGGGCGUAAAGAAACAAGUGGGUUUUCUUGUGAGGAGGCUCUGGAGAGAGAGCUUUUGGUGUUCAUGAAGAAUUCAAGGAACCCAAAUGAAUUCCCAUCUAGGAAACAACUACUGGAUGCUGGGAGAGUUGACUUAGUCAAUGCCGUUGCCAACACAGGCGGCUGGCUCGCAUUGGGUUGGGACGAAGAUGAAAAUCACUUUCAGGGCUUUCACUCUUCUUCAUCACCCACAGCACUAGCCGAAGAAGAAGAAGAAGAAGAUAAAGGAGUAGAAGGUAUACUGAGUAGACUGGAGAAACAUAGGAGUUUGUCAUUCGACAUUCAUAUGGAGAAAAACAUGCAUGCUACUUAUGCCUCAAGCAAGGACAAUGGUGGUUUUAACAAGUCAACUCAUGUGGCUGCUAACAUUGAUUCACAACUCCAAGAGAGACAGAGGCAUAAUAAUAAGGAUUUAAGUCCUGAUAAGAUCAGAUCUCGUCUUCAGCAUAUGCAACUAGAGCUUACCUCUGCCAUUCAUUCAUUAAGGUCCAAAACCCAGACACUUAACUCAGAGGUUCAUGAAAGCCGUGGCAGUGAGUUGCAACAGCUUUCGGAUGUGUGGGAAUUCCAGGAAAACGAGGUUAUGAAGGCCGGGGAUAAAUUGAGAUCAAUGCGUGCAAAAUUAGCAGUUUUAGAAGGAAAGAUAGCGCUAUCAGUGAUUGAUACACAGAAGUUAGUAGAGGAGAAACAAAAGAGAAUCGAUCGUGCUCGUACAACUUUGCGGCUUCUUCGUACCAUCUGCAUAUAUUGGACCCAUUCAGCAUCAGAAGUUGUGUUAGUUGGAUCUUUCGAUGGUUGGACUUCUCAGGUAAAGAUGGAGAAAACAAGGACAGGCAUUUUCUCUACAUCCCUUAAGUUGUAUCCCGGAAGAUAUGAGAUAAAAUUCAUUGUUGAUGGAAUAUGGAGAGUUGAUCCUAUGCUCCCUGUGGUCCACAACAACGGGUAUGAGAACAAUAGUCUUACUGUUCAUGAAUAAUGAAUCUGCAUAGCUUCUUUCUGUUGUUGUGUACAGUAUUAGAUUCUACUAACCACAUUCAUCUAUUCUUUUAUGAGAGCCUUAGUCAAUCAACGCAAUUUGUUGAGAUGGAAAUUUCAUCUCUUUUCGUGUUUUUUUA